AUGGAACCCAUUCCGGAGGAAGAUCACGAGCUUACUUCAUUUUCUCCCGCACAUACUAUAAAGCACGAAAAGAAAUCUCGGCUUACAGAAGUGUAUACAUCAGAACAAGUAGACACUCUUGUAAGCAGAGUACCUCAGUCAGCAAUAGCAGAUACAUGGAAGCCAAGAAAGAAGGACGAACCAUCACAUUCAGUACUCCCUUCAACAUAUUUAUCCGAAACGUUAGCUGGACCAACCAGUGCACGCGGUUCAACAUAUUCCUACACUUACGAGUCACAUUAUGAUGAGCCUCCCGACGAAACAUCACCCGAUGUUCGAUUGCUAAAUAAAGAAGUUAAUGGUGAUAUUGAGCGACAUUCAUCUCAAACAAAAAAAAUAACUCGCGUUACCAAAGUAACAACAACAAGGUCGGUGCGUCAUUUACCUGUCGCUAAUCAAGAAGCCGAAUAUUUUUUUGAUGCCGAUGGAAGUCCGUUACCAGUUACACGUACAACUCCGCCCUACGAACAUGAUGAAGAUAUUUCCUGUCGACAUGACAUUGCUUAUGAUGCACCACCACCUGCUCCAAGUUCAUUCCAUGAAGCUGAAUGCUAUGCUUUACGAGAUGUUCCAAGUGCACCCGGCGUUCCAGAGAUUACUGACGUGACUAGCUACGAUAUUGGUUUGACGUGGCAGUGUCCAGAUAUGCAAGGGAGAGCUGGCUCAGUUAUUGGUUACCAGGUUGAAAUAUGUGAAAUUGGAACUUCUGAAUGGUACCUCGCUCAUGAAGAUCUGAUCAAGGAAAAUAGAUUUAGAAUUAAAGAUCUCAAUCCUCACGUCGAGUAUGAAAUAAGAGUUGUUGCUGUUAACUCGGCAGGUCGUGGUAUGCCUUCAGCCACUUCGGCAAGUGUGCAGCUGCGAUUGGAUUAUGAUUUACACUCUGAUUUUAAUGGUUGGAGAGGGAUGGCACCUGGUCGACCUUACGUACUAUUACUUGAUUCUGAUCGCAUUAUAUUGGAAUGGGCGCCAGCAAUUGCGAAUCCUGGCUCUGCGCCCGUGGCAGGCGGCAGUAAUUGGAUACAAUCAAAUGAUUAUCUAAUAACAGCAUGCAGAACUGAAGUAUUGAAUUUAAAACCGAAUGGAGAAUAUGAGUUCCGAGUAAUAGCGAAAACUGCCGAUGGCCCGUCUGAACCAAGUCCGUCGUCCGGUUUUAUUCGUUUGAAACCACCUGUUCCGUCUCGUGUUCCACCUACGACGAAGACAGAAAGUAGCUUUUCUCCUCCUGGACAACCACAGAUAGAGGAACUUGAAUUAAACUGGGUACGACUGCAUUGGGCAGAAGGUGGAUCACCAGACGAGCCUCCAGCUUCAUAUAUUGUCGAAUAUCGAGAAAUUGGUGAUCCGUUAUGGUAUACCGCGACAACGGUUGUUUCUACUACGUCCUAUACUGUGGAAUGUCUUCGUCCAAAUUCUACUUAUGAAUUCCGCGUAAUUGCACGUGCUCGUAAUGGUAGUGUAUCAGCGCCUUCAGAAGUUUCUGAUGUUGUACAUCUGCGACCAUCCAUUAAAUCUGGAGUCUUGCAUGGAGUUCCAGCAAAGCCACAACCACCAGAAUAUAUCGACUUCGGCAACGAUGAUCGUGUGACACUCUGCUGGUUUCCAGCUGCGAGUUCUUUACCGAUACAGGGCUAUGAUAUUGAAUUCCGAGACCAUCAGCAGGAUGCUGCGUGGUACAAAGUAAAUGAAGUACUUCUUCGCUCCUGCAAAAUGACAGUUGGUGACCUUAUACCUGGUCAUGAGUACCAGUUUCGCGUUAUAGCAUGCAAUUCUAUUGGUUACUCAGUACCUUCAGAUCCUUCACCAGGAGUACACAUAGGAAUAUCUUACAAUGGCGAUGAUAGUUACGUAGAAACAGCAACUUAUGGAACUGUUCCACUGCUUCAGGAUGAAAUUGUACGCGAAUCGCCACCUUUGCCUGAUCGUGAUGAUUCUCCACCACCGAUACACAGGAAAUUUCUGCGGGAAAGAGACGUGCAUUGGAGAGAUCCAACGCUUAGAGAAGUGAUUGAAUAUUUGGAUAGCGCAAAUAAGGUUGAACAACUCAAUGCAUCCGGCUACUUGCAGCAUUUGACCUAUAAUGAUAAUGCUAUUAAAGAGGAAACAAGAGAACUAAAUGGAAUUCCGAAACUUGUUCGUUUACUUGGUAGCGAUGUACCCGACAUACAGAAAAAUGUUUGUGGUUGCUUGAAGAAUCUGUCAUUUGGGAAAGAAAAUGAUGAAAAUAAGCGUGCUAUUAAUGGCGCAGGUGGAAUCGUUGCUUUAGCUGCGCUGUUGAAGCAGACUCACGAUGCGCAAGUGAUGGAGGAAGUCACUGCUACUCUAUGGAAUCUCUCAAGUUGCGAUGACUUGAAACCAACAAUACUUAAUCAAGUUUCGGAACCAAUAAAUCAACGUAUUGUUGUACCUGGUUCUGGAUUAACUGGAAACAAUACUGAAAGUGGACGCAAUAUGUCACACAGCAUCAAUAUAAAUGUUUCGGCUGCUUCCUCAAAUGCCAGAAAAAUACUUCGUGGAUGUCCUGGCUUAAUCGAAAGCCUUGUACAUUAUUUGCAUCAUGCAGUUUUGAGGAAUCAGAUUGAUACACGUACUGUCGAAAAUGUUGUGUGCACUUUACGUAAUCUCAGCUACCGGCAAGCUUUAAUUCAAGAAGUAAAGGAUGAAAAUUACGACCCUAAAGCUGAUUUUGAAGUUACGCAACGGGAACGCAAUAAGUCGGCUCCUUCAGAAAGUCCUAAAAACAAGAAGAAAGAAUCUAAUAAAAAAAAAAAAAUUGGGCAAAUCUCUGCAUUGAAUGGAUCAGAAAGUGUGACGGAAGCAGAAUUGUUAUGGCAGCCGCAGCUGGUAAAACUGUAUCUAAAGUUAUUGCAAGAAGCGUCAAAUCCUGAAAUUCUGGAGGCAUGUGCUGGUGCAAUACAGAACCUUGCUGCGUGCCAUUUCGAGCCAUCAGUUAAUGUCAGAGCCUGUAUACGUACAGAAAAAGGUUUGCAUGUGCUUGUGGAACUAUUACGAUUGAAUGACGAUAAAGUUGUUUGUGCUGUAACAACAGCUUUACGAAACCUUUCGCUUGAUCAGCGGAAUCGCGAACUGAUCGGCAAAUAUGCGAUGAAAGAUCUGGUGGCAAAGUUGCCUCGAGCUGACCAACGAUUUCGAGAUCCAAAUGUGAGCGAUGCAACAAUUGGAGCAAUUUUGGGCAUAUUGUUUGAAACUGUCAAGCAUUCCGCAGAUUUUACAAGAAAUAUCCAUGAAUGUGGAGGGACCGAUCGACUACGAAAUUUAGCAAGUUUACAUCAUAUAUACAGCACUCGUAUUUGCAAAUAUGCGUCGCAGGUUCUUUACCUGAUGUGGCAGCAUAAAGAACUUCAUGAUGGCUUCAGACGAAACGGUUUGAAAGAGUCAGAUUUUUAUUCGGGAACAACAAUUCGUGCCCGUGAUGCGACAACACUAUCUCGGCCAAUAUCAUCACAAGGCGCUGAGCGUCCAACACAUUUAAAAAGUGAAAAUUUUGAUGACAGUGCGAGCACAUACGGAACCGGACGAUAUGAUACAUUGGAUAGUAGGGCGAGUGCACCAGAAGGUUCUGCACAUGGCAAAACUUCUCCUGAGAAUAAUCCACAAAAUCUUUCUCUGCAAAGUUGCAGUAGCAAGAUGCAUUCGUCUGGACCUCAUAACCAGGCUGGUGAACCGCUCUACGCUUCGGUACAUAAACGCAGUGAACGCUGUGGCCCAACGGGUGGUGAUAGCUGGGUAUGA